UUUGUCGGUUGGUGACACUGUCACUAUAAAAUUUGUUUUUAUUAUACUUCAAGCAAACUUCACGCUUAACCGCGUUUUGUGAAUUGAACGGUACGCUUUAUGUCUCGUUUUAUGAAACUUUAGCGCGACAAUAGCAAUUACGAUGGCGUUUCAUUAUGUAGUCACGGCUCACAAGCCUACCGCAGUAACGUCCUGCGUUACAGGGAACUUCACAUCUCCCAACGAUCUUAAUUUAAUUGUAGCGAAAAAUUCCCGCUUGGAGAUAUAUUUAGUUACUCCCGAAGGUUUGAGACCCAUAAAGGAGGUGGGUCUAUAUGGGAAAGUAGCGGUUAUGAAAUUGUAUCGUCCACAACAAGAGAAUAAAGAUUACCUAUUUAUUGUUACCAUGCGUUAUCAUGCUAUGAUAUUAGAGUGUGUGAGUGAUGACGAUAACUUAGAAAUAAUAACGAAAGCUCACGGUAAUGUUGCGGAUCGUAUCGGAAAGCCAUCGGACACGGGUAUAAUUGCUGUCAUUGAUCCAAGAGCGAGAGUAAUUGGUUUACGUUUAUAUGAUGGUCUUUUUAAAAUAAUACCGCUAGAUAAAGAAAACAGCGAAUUGAAGGCGUCGAGCAUUAGAAUGGAUGAACUGCAAGUUACCGAUGUAGAAUUUUUACACGGAUGUGCAAAUCCUACGAUUGUUUUAAUACAUCAAGAUGUGAACGGCAGACAUGUGAAAACACAUGAAAUUUCCUUGCGUGAUAAAGAGUUUGUUAAAAUACCAUGGCGUCAAGACAAUGUGGAAACUGAAGCAUCGAUGAUUAUACCGGUUCCGUCUCCUCUCUGUGGUGCUAUAAUUGUCGGGCAAGAAAGCAUCUUGUAUCACGACGGUAUGACGUCAGUUGCAGUAGCCCCACCGAUUAUUAAGCAAAGUACGAUUAUUUGUUACGCAAAAGUCGAUCCAAGCGGUUUAAGGUAUCUUUUGGGCGACAUGGCCGGACAUCUUUUUAUGUUGUUUCUUGAUGUGGAAACAAAAGGAGACGGCUCGGAUGUAGUUAAGGAUCUCAAAGUUGAAUUAUUAGGUGAGAUAUCAUCUCCUGAGUGCAUUACGUAUUUGGAUAACGGUGUGUUGUACAUCGGUUCGAGGAUGGGCGAUUCGCAACUUGUCAAAUUAAAUACAAAGGCAGAUGAUAAUGGAUCGUAUGUGACUAUAAUGGAGUCGUUUACAAAUUUGGCACCUAUUAUGGACAUGUGCGUUGUCGAUUUGGAACGACAAGGGCAAGGCCAGUUGGUUACCUGUUCGGGUGCCUACAAAGAGGGUUCUUUAAGAAUUAUAAGGAAUGGUAUCGGAAUACAAGAACAUGCCUCAAUUGAUUUACCAGGAAUUAAGGGAAUGUGGGCGUUAACAGUUGCCUCAGAUGGAAAACAUGAUAACACGUUGGUGCUGGCAUUUGUGGGCCAAACAAGGGUUCUAAGUCUCAAUGGAGAAGAGGUUGAGGAAACGGAAAUCGCUGGAUUCACAUCUGACCAACAAACUUUCUAUUGUGGCAACGUUAGAUACGAACAAAUUAUACAGGUCACGCCCGUUUCCGCGCGGCUAGUGUCCGCUCAGAAUAAAACGCUCGUCGCGGAGUGGAAACCGCCUACUGAAAAAAAUAUAAGCGUCGUCGCCUCCAAUUCGGAGCAGGUUGUAGUUUCGACCGGUUCCGAUUUAUACUAUAUCGAAAUACAUCAGAACGAGCUCAUAAUGAAAGGACACACUACUCUGAAUGUUGAAAUUGCAUGCUUGGAUAUAAGUCCACUUGGUAAUAACGCCACGUCGUCGCAAUUGGUCGCAGUUGGAUUAUGGACUGACAUUUCCGCCUGUAUUCUCAAACUGCCGGAUCUUGCAGAAGUCUACAAAGAGAAUCUGGGUGGAGAAAUCAUCCCUAGAUCUGUACUGAUGACGACUUUUGAGAAUCAUACCUAUCUUCUAUGUGCUCUUGGAGACGGAUCCAUGUUCUACUUCUCGUUACACAGAGAAUCCGGUGUAUUAACUGAUAAGAAGAAAGUCACCCUAGGCACACAACCCACCGCCUUAAGAACAUUUAAAUCCCUUAGCACUACAAACGUCUUCGCCUGUUCAGAUAGACCUACCGUUAUAUACUCAUCGAAUCAUAAGUUAGUCUUUUCGAAUGUCAAUAUGAAAGAAGUAAAUCACAUGUGCUCCCUAAACGCAGAAGCUUUCCCGGACAGUUUAGCGUUAGCGACGGACACUUCAGUUACCAUAGGUACAAUAGAUGAAAUUCAGAAAUUACAUAUACGGACUGUUGCAUUGCAAGAGUCACCAAGAAGGAUAGCAUAUCAAGAACAGUCUCAGACAUUUGGCGUGGUGUCGGUUCGUAUGGACAUACAAGACUCUACUGGAUUGAACCCGGCAAGACCGAGUGCCUCAACUAUGACUCAAUCAGUCACGGUGUCGAGUAGUGUGGGCUCACUCUCACUAGGCAAAUCCAGUGUGAGUGGAAUUUCUGGAACAAAUCUUACGCCAGAAUAUGGACAAGAAGUUGAAGUGCACAACUUGUUAAUCAUUGACCAGCAUACAUUCGAGGUUUUGCACGCGCAUCAGCUAAUGCAGCAAGAGUACGCCAUGUCUCUGAUUUCCUGCCAGUUAGGAGAUGAUCCGAACAUGUACUACAUUAUAGGUACUGCUAUUGUCAAUCCGGAGGAAUCGGAACCAAAACAGGGACGCUUACUAAUAUUCCAAUGGGCUGACAAUAAACUGACGCCAAUUUCCGAAAAGGAAAUCAAAGGCGCUUGUUAUUCUUUAGCGGAAUUUAACGGGAAAUUAUUGGCGAGCAUAAAUAGUACCGUGAGACUGUUCGAGUGGACCGCCGAAAAAGAAUUGAGGCUCGAAUGUUCACACUUUAACAAUAUCAUAACGCUAUAUCUUAAAACCAAAGGAGACUUUGUAUUAGUCGGCGAUUUAAUGAGGAGCAUGACUUUAUUGCAAUAUAAAACAAUGGAGGGUAGCUUUGAGGAGAUCGCGAGGGAUUACAAUCCAAAUUGGAUGACCGGUGUUGAAAUCUUGGACGAUGACAUAUUUUUGGGCUCGGAGAACUCGUUUAACAUUUUUGUUUGUCAAAAAGAUAGCGCAGCUACGGCGGAUGAAGAACGGCUACAGAUGCAAGAGGUCGGGCAGUUUCAUGUCGGUGAUAUGAUUAAUGUGUUUAGACACGGGUCACUGGUGAUGCAAAAUCUUGGCGAAACUUCAACACCUACGACGGGAUGUGUUUUAUUUGGUACAGUGGGAGGUGCCAUUGGCUUGGUCACACAAAUAUCAUCAGAAUUUUUCGAUUUCUUGCUCGAAGUACAAAAUAGAAUGUCGUCAAUUAUAAAGUCGGUAGGAAAAAUUGAACAUGCACACUGGAGGUCAUUCCACACGGACAUCAAAACAGAACCGUGUAAGGGAUUUAUCGAUGGGGAUUUGAUAGAAAGUUUUUUGGAUCUUUCUACAGAUAAGAUGAAGGAAGUUGUUGACGGCUUGCAGAUGAUUGGCGAUGGUAGUAUGAGGCAGGAGUGCACAGUGGACGAUCUCAUAAAAAUGGUGGAAGACCUUACAAGAAUUCACUAAGAUUUCAAAUAAACAAAUGUCCUAGUUGCAUUUUCGGUGGUACGAACUCCACAUAUUUGCUCAUUUGUUGAGCCUUAAGUUUUGUCUUGUGUUGAAUAAUUAUGUAAGCAUGUUCUUAGGAUUUCCGAAAUUACACAUUUCUUGAGUAGUAUUUAAUUUAUUCUCUUUGUAUCACUCAAUUAUAGAAGCGUGAAUCUCUUAGUGCAAUGCGAUUAUUCACCUGUCUAGGAUUAUAUGCAAAACAUUUCUUCCAUUCGCAUCUGCUUUGCACUAGGAAAUUGGAUUGUACAGUCAAGUUUAUUCUACGUUUAAAAAAUUGUUAAUACACAUCUUGUAUAAUAAAAUUAUUUUUAAAACGUG